UUGGUGCAGCUGGACCAGGGGCAGCGGCGGCGAUUGGGUUUAAGCUCUUGAAAAUGGAUGACGCAUUAGAGGCAAUUAACAAGUGGGUAGAUCAGGGCUAUAUUGUAGAUGAGAAGAAGAUCAUGGCGCUGACAAUGUAUCUCACAGAAGGCCCUGGUAAGCUCCAGCCACAGGAGUACUGCACUGAGCAGCCAAAGCCAACCUUGAUGGCAUCUGCAGCUGAAUGGUGGAAACAGAAUCGAGCGGAGUGGAAGCAGCAGAAAUUGGAGUUUGAGAAAGAGUUUCAGAGAAGGAAAUUGGAGUUUGAGAAAGAGUUUCAGAGAAGGAAAUUGGAGUUCGAGAAAGAGUUUCAGAGAAGGAAAUUGGAGUUUGAGAAAGAGUUAUUGGAGUUAAAGAAAGGGAAAUUGGAGUUUGAGAAAGAGUUUCAGAGAAGGAAAUUGGAGUUUGAGAAAGAGUUAUUGGAGUUAAAGAAAGGGAAAUUCGAGUUGGAGUUGGAUAAGAAAAGAAUGGAAAAAGAAGAAGAGGAGAGGAGGAGGAUAGAAACAGUCAUAAAAAAUGCUCAUACCAUUUCCGACAUGGAGAAGUUCUCUGACAGUGAAGCUGCUGACUUCAACAAGCUUGUGCUGGAUAAGUGGAAUCCUUUGCAUCAACUCCUGCGUGGCAAUACUGAUUUGCAUGCAAUACGGUGGAGAUCAUUUCUGCCCAAGCAGCUCGUUGCAUCAGAGUUCCAUAGGAGCCAAACCACGUUUGGAGGUCGAUAUGUGCUCGACAAACUCAACCAAGAGGGAAUCCAAAAAGGCUGGGACCAGAUCAAAAGAGAUGUUUGUGCAGACUAUAAGGGAAGAGGCUUUGAACAUUUACAAGUUUCAUAUCUGGAAGCUACGGAGCCUGAUCAGCUUGGGAAGAGCAUGUAUGCCUGUGAUGAGACUUACGCAAAGGUCAGAGUCAAACACUACGCUGCCUAUGGCGUUUGUUUUGCAGCGCUGUUGGAAAGUAUCUUUCGGGUCCUUGACAAAGACAAAGGUCUGCCUACAAUUUCGUUGAAGGUUCUGGCCCCAGUUCACACAUCAAACGGGAAGCUAGAGGUUGAAGUCGAAAGGUCGAGUUUGAGGUGCAAGUUCCUAAUAGAGAUGAAGAAUCUGAAGCGGCAGGGUGAUGACAUUCAGGAGGAGACCAGGGCGAAGAAAAACAGGGUGUUGUUGUCUGACCAGAAAAGCAACGAAAGUGAGGAGAACAAAACCAUAAGCAAGAAAAAGCAACCUAUUGUUCUCAGCGACAAUAAUCAGAGUGAGCCUCUGCAAAAGGCUCGAGGCCAAAUUGGCGAAGUUCACGUGGAAAGGCAAUUUCAACAGGUUCAGAGCGGGUUUGUCAACGGCGUGCAUGUUACAAUCGUCCGCCGAACUUACUCCACCAAAUCCGAAGAUCAUUUCAACGCCAGCCGGGUACUGAAAAUCUUGGAGAGUAGCGACAUAAAGAUAGGAGAGGCCAGGAGUUUAGAUAUGGAUUCAAGGGGCGUCGAUCAAGUCCUCAAAGAGCUAGUUAUUGCUCUGAUUAAAGCCGGGUUCCUGCCACAGAGUCUGCUUCAAUGUGAUGUUAGUGGUGCUGCAGGGUUGAGAGCAGAGAGAAUGGAAGUAAGUGUUGAUGAAGAACAGCUAGUUCAGCCGGUUAAGGCUGAGGUAGCUGAGGUAGAGCACCGGUAUCUAUUCCCCGUGACAAUCCAUGGAUCGGGAUUGAAAGCCUGGAUUAAAGCAGCAACAGUAGGUGACCGGUACAAGCAGGUUCAGCGAGAGCUUUUAAUUCGUCAGUAUCUGUGUCCAGAGGACUCUGUGAAGGCGAGGGCAGUAGUCUGGAGGGGGGUUCCGGCGUUACUCUUGGAAGAUGCGGGACAGAAAAUCAACACAGACAGGAUGACGCCUGAGGACGUUUUCAAUAUGACAAAGGCCAUUUAUAUGGUACUUUCUCAUGUGUAUGGUGAGCAUGGGAUUUUGCACAAUGAUGUUGCACCCCGCAACAUCUGCCAAGACGAAAAGGGAUGUUACCGACUUAUUGACUGGGGAUUAGCAAGCCGGCUUCCUGAUAUUGAUCAUCCCACAAAUAUACCUGAUUGGCUUUAUUCAGGUACUUAACUUUUUUUCUCGAGUUCGGUAACUGAUUGUUCUGUAUGCAGGUUCUUGCUUUUUCUCUGGAAGUCAAACUCCAAGAAUCCAUUCUGAUUUAGAAAGCUUGGUGUACGUGGCACUUGACUGUCUCCAUGUACCGUUGCCAUGGGUAAAUGCAGCCAAUGGUUCUGAUGUUAUUAAGAUCCGCAAAAGAUUCCGGAGCAACUUGAAUUCCUCAGUGUUGAACGCUUUAUAUCGACCACUGCUCAAAGCAUGGUUAGAAUUGGAGAUCUGAAUACUGCAUGAUUAUAAUAAAAACGUGAUGCUAUUUCAAGUCA